CAUACCCAAUGUUUUACAGAAUCCAGAAAAUAAAUGAUGGGUUUUCCUGAUUGAUGUCGAAUUUAAUGAAUUGCAGGAAAACCCAUCAACAAAUAGUUGUUGUUGUCGUCUAGACUUGUCUCCAGAUGCAUUCUUUCCAGCUGCAGCCCUUUAGAUUACCCCUUGUCUUUGAUAACGAAAACCCUCUCAGGCGAACUUCACUAGUUGAGCCCAAACAGAAGUUAACACCGCUGACUCUUCUGCCAUCUCAAGACGUAUACACUGAUGCUGUAACUUCACUGCGCAUAUGCACCCAACGAAAAAGCCUAAAACUAGGCUAUUGCAUUCAUGCAAAAAUACUUAAGUUGGGGAUUCACGGGCAUGUUUUCGUCGGCAAUUCUCUUCUUGACAUGUAUACAAAAUGUGGGCAGAUUGAAGAUGCUGCUAAACUGUUUGAGUAUAUGCCUAACAGGACUGUUGUAUCGUGGACGUCCAUGAUGUCGGGUUAUCACUGUAACGGUCUGGUUGAUAAGGCAAUAUCUUUGUUUUUAGAGAUGCUGGAGAUUUUACAGCCUAAUGAAUACACACUGGCAGUGCUUCUACAGGCUUGCGCAACCAAGGGUUAUUCGAUAUUCGUCCAGACUAUUCACUGUUAUGCGAUUAAAUAUGGAUUCAUCGCGGACAAUUUCUUGCAAAAUUCUUUGAUAGAUGCAUAUGCGAAAUCGGGUAUGUUGGCAGCUGCGGAAAAACUGCUGGAGAAAUUAAGUUGCAGAGAUGUGGUUUCUUGGACUACAGUUAUUUCAGGAUGUGUAUAUAAUGGAAUGGUGGAGAGGGCUCUCAUACUGUUCUCCCGGAUGCAACAAGAUGGGGUCAUGCCAAAUGAGGUAACAAUUUUAAGCAUCUUACAGGCAUGCUCUGAAAUUAACAAUUGGCAAAUUUUUCGAUGGAUUCAUGGAAUAAUUAUCAAAGCAGAGUGGUAUAGGAAUGCUCUUGUGAUGAAUUCUCUAGUUGAGAUGUACUCUACCAAUGGGUAUUUUGAAGAAGGCAUAAAAGUCUAUUGCGGCUUCUGUUUUACUGGCGAAGGAGCGUAUGUUGGUCCAGAGACCAUAGCUACCCUUCUUCAAGGGUGUGCCCACUCUUGCUGCUUGAAUCUGGGGGAAGAAAUUCAUGGAUAUUUGAUCAAGCAUGGAUUUUUGCCUAGCACUGUUGUUGAAAAUUCUCUCAUUCACAUGUAUGGAGAAAAUGACCGAGUUGAUUAUGCUUAUCAAGUCUUUACAGGGAUGAGCAAUAAAGACUUAAUUUCUUGGAAUACCAUGAUUACCUGCCUCGUAAAGAAUGAAAAAUUGGCUGAAGCUUUAAGUCUUCUUCGUAUGAUCCACGCCACAGGAGCGAGAGACAAUGUCUUCCCAGAUUUCAUUACAAUGCUUAUGUCCAUUCAAGUCUGUUCAAAGUUGUCUUCUUUGCUUAUGGGUGAAAUAAUUCAUGGUUAUAUAACUAGAAUAGGAAUGCUUCAAUACAUUUUUGUCCAAAAUUCCCUGAUAGAUAUGUAUGCAAAAUCAGGGAGGAUCAAUUUUGCAGCGAAAAUUUUCGAGGAGAUGGAAGAAAGAGAUCUGGGUUCCUGGAAUUCAAUGAUUGCAGCAUAUGGAAUCAAUGGGAAUGGAUCAUCAGCUUUGCGGAUUUUUGCAGAACUGAAGAAAUCAGGGAUCUACGAACCAAAUGGUAUUACAUUUACUAACGUUCUUUGUGCCUGUGCCCAUGCAGGAUUAGUACACGAAGGUUUGGAAAUUUUUAACUGCAUGGGUAAAGUCUAUGGUGUAGAGCCAAAUAUGGAACAUUUUGCUUGCGUGGUGGAUCUCUUGGGGAGGUCGGGGAGACUUGAAGAGGCACAAAAUUUCAUAGAGACAAUGCCAGUGAUGCCAGGUCGUGAUGUGUGGGGAACGAUGUUGGGGGCUUGCACGCUCCUUGGUGAUAUUGAGGUAGCAAAAAGGGCAGCAAAGGAGCUCUCUGUUUUCGAACCAAAGAGCAAGGUGUGGAGAGUUGCGUUGUCAAAUGUUUGUGCGAGUGCUGGUAGAUGGGAAGAUGCAGCAAAGUUAAGAGCAGAAAUUAGGGUAUCAGAAGAACUUGUGGACGAAGGAGGAUGGAGCAGUGUGGAGGUGAGAGGAGAUAUGGUCAGAUUUAUGGUAGGUGAAACAAAGCAUCCGGAAAGCAAACUUAUCUACGAAGUUGUGGAAGGGAUACAUGAACAAAUUAGAGACGCCAACAUGGUAGGAGUUACAGAGUAG